AUGCUCCAAGAAACGUUGCGCAUUCUCAUCGUCGGCAAUGGCGGUCGAGAACAUGCUUUCGCCUGGAAGUUGAGCCAGUCUCCGCUGGUCGAAACGGUCUAUGUUGCGCCUGGAAACGGAGGCACUGGACUGGGAGCCUCCCGUAAAAUCGUCAAUGCCAACGUCAAGGGCGACGACUACCCUGGCCUUGUUGCUUUUGCCCAGAAGAAUAACGUGAAUUUGGUAGUCCCUGGGCCAGAGGCGCCACUGGUGGAUGGAAUUCAAGGGUAUUUCCAGGCAGUUGGUAUAAGAUGUUUCGGCCCUUCAAAAGCUGCCGCACGCAUGGAAGGCUCCAAGACAUUUUCCAAGGACUUCAUGAGUCGUCAUAACAUCCCUACUGCUGAGUACGGGAACUUCUCCGACUAUGAGUCCGCAAGGAAGUAUCUCGAUUCGGUGUCUCAUAAUGUUGUCAUCAAAGCCGACGGGUUAGCAGGCGGCAAGGGUGUUGUAAUCCCCACUUCGAAGGAGGAGGCUCACCAGGCGCUUCGGGAGAUGAUGCUUGACCACCAGUUUGGCGCGGCAGGAAACGAGGUUGUCAUCGAAGAAUACCUUGAGGGCGACGAGCUGAGCAUUCUUACCUUCAGCGACGGCUAUACGAUUCGGUCGCUGCCCCCUGCGCAGGACCACAAGCGGAUUUAUGACGGUGACAAGGGCCCGAACACGGGUGGAAUGGGCUGCUACGCACCUACGCGAAUUGCUCCUAAGGAGGUUGUGGAGGAGAUCGAUCGGGUUAUUGUACAACCGUCAAUCGACGGAAUGAGGAAAGACGGCUUCCCCUUUGUCGGCAUCCUCUUCACCGGCCUCAUGAUGACCAAGAAUGGCCCUAAGGUCCUUGAAUACAAUGUCCGCGGCGGAGAUCCUGAAACCCAGACCCUUCUUCCCCUCCUGAGUGACGACACCGACUUGGCACAGAUUAUGGUUGCUUGUACAGAGCAUUGGCUUGAUGGCGUUACCAUCAAGGUUGAGCCUAAAUUCUCCGCGACCGUCAUCGCAGUUGCCGAGGGCUACCCUGGAUCUUACGCAAAGGGACGGCCGAUCACACUGGACCAGUGCCCAGUUGAUACGCUGAUAUUCCACGCAGGAACCUCCCUUGUAAACAAUGAGCUGCAGACAUCUGGAGGCCGGGUUAUCGCGACUACAUCUACUGCACCAACCAUCGAAGAGGCCGUUCGAAAGAGCUACGAGGGCCUCUCAACGAUCCACUUCCAGGGCAUGUUCUACCGCAAGGACAUCGCACACCGUGCCUUCAGAGACAAGCAAUCCACCGAGACGUCCCAGCAAUCUCUCACAUACGCCUCUGCGGGUGUUUCCAUUGACGCUGGCAACGACCUAGUUAGCAAGAUCAAGAGCUCUGUCGCUCGUACCAAACGGCCCGGCACUGACGCAGUGAUUGGUGGUUUCGGCGGCCUUUUCUCUCUCGCUGCUGCCAACCCAUCUGUCUACAACCCCAAUUCUCCAACCUUGAUCGGAGCCAUCGAUGGCGUGGGCACCAAGCUCAAGAUCGCCCACGCGAUGGGCAUCCACAACACGGUGGGCAUCGACCUCGUGGCCAUGAACGUCAACGACCUAGUUGUCCAGGGCGCCGAACCCCUCUUUUUCCUCGAUUGCUAUUCGUGCGGGAAACUGGACGUCCCAACAGCUGCUGCAUUCGUGACCGGCGUCGCGGACGGCUGCGUCCAGGCUGGCUGUGCCUUGAUCGGCGGCGAAACGGCCGAGAUGCCAGGCCUCUUCGUCGAGAACACCUAUGACGCCGUCGGGGCCGCUGUGGGCGCUAUAAACACCACCGGCCCGAAGGCCAGGACAAUCCUCCCAGAUACCUCCUCCAUGAAGGCCGGAGACGUGCUCCUCGCCCUCGCUUCCUCAGGCAUCCACUCAAACGGAUACUCAUUGGUCCGCAAGAUCGUCGAGUGCUCCAGACUUAGCUACCACGACCCAUCACCUUUUUCCUCUUCCUCUUCUUCACAAGCACAAACCCUCGGUAGCGCCCUCCUAACCCCAACCCGCAUCUACGUUAAACCAAUCCUUAAAGCCCUCUCCCUCACCUCCGCCAUCAAGGGCCUCGCCCACAUCACGGGAGGCGGCCUGGUUGAGAACGUCCCACGCGCUCUUCCUAAGAACCUAUUGGCACACAUCGAUGUCCGCGCUUGGCAGCUUCCUCCUGUUUUUGCCUGGAUGAAGAAAACAGGUAACGUCUCCACCACAGAGAUGGCGCGCGCCUUCAACUGUGGUGUCGGGAUGGUUAUCAUCGUCCAAAGGGGCCAUGAAGGUGCUGUUAGGGAACUAUUUGAGAAGGAGGGUGAGACUGUUUACCAGAUUGGUGAGUUGAGGAGCAAGGAGAAGGCGGAUGAAGAAAGUGUUGUUCUGGAGGGGUUGGAAUCGUGGAAUUAG